UCUCCGUCGGAGCCCCUUUCAAAUUGGCUAAAAUGCUGAACUGCAACGGACGUUCCCCCGAGUUGCAUUCAUCGGUUACGGUUACGGUUUCGGGUUUGGUUUCUUUUUCGAGUUUGAUCUGCUCAUAUUUAUUAUCAUCGGGUAUGCGAUGAGCCACCAGCCUCAGCAGCAGCAGUUUCUUCACUACCAUCACCACGUCCAUCACCAGGUGCAGUCGGAGACGCAAAUGGAUCGUCGGAACUCUGAUUUGGAUUUGGAAAGGAAUCGGGCGGAGAGGGAUCACCAAAACCGUAACAGGACUACAGAUCGCGGUGGUGGCGGUGGCGUCUCCAUGGAUUUGAGGAAUCUAUGCCAGCGCAUUGAUGUGGAUAGUUUAAGGGCCAAAUUGCCCUCGCUGCCGCAAUUGAAGUUGCCCAAAUCCCUGCCCAAGUUGCGGGGUCGCAAGAUUUUCCGCAGCUCGAAAAGUGGAGCCACUGCAGGGGAAGCUGGAGCAACAACAGGAGUUGCAGGGUCUAGCAAGGAUGGAGGACAGCCGCAGCAACUGCUCCAGGUGGCAGCACAGUCGCAGCAGUUCAUCAACAGGACACCGCAAAGGAUAUCGACCAUUAGUUCCCUGAUGUAUGAGGGCGAUCACGAAGAGAUGAGGCAGUCCCAGCAGCAGCAGCCAGGAACAUAUCGCAGUGCUGGCAGCCUGGAUGAUGACUACUAUGCUCCCAGCAACGGAGACAGGGCCUCGCGACCCAUUAGUCCCAUUAAGAUACCAACGGCCGGUGGAGCGGAUGGUUCUCCAUCGGGAACAGGCCACGCCACACUGACCCAGCGACUGCAGAGGGGCUACAGGAGCCUCAGCGAGCUCCGGCUGAAGCACAUAUUUGCCAAGCAGAUCACGGUGAGGAGGGACAACAUCGAGGUGGACCGCUAUGUGGAGCAGUACGAGCGGGAACUGAAGUCGGAGAAGCGGGCCCAGGCACGUCGGGAUCGGGAGAUAGCCGAGAACUAUGAUAUCAAGGUGCAGACCCUGGUGGCCACCCGACAAAACACCUUCGAGGACGACGAGGUGGAGCACGAACAGUUCGAGAAGAGCAAGAUCAGCCAUGAGACCGACGAGAGUGGCAUGGAGGCGACACCACCGCUGCCAACGCGAAGAAAACCAGGCAUAGCUGCCACCAGAUUCGCCAAGGUGCGCAAGCCCCCCUUGGAAAUGGAGGAGCAGAUGUCGUCCAAGGAGGAGGAGAAUCAACAGGAGACCCCCCCACCACCUCCGCCACAACGUCCCAGCAGCUACAAGCAGCAACUGCUCAACAAGCUGCCCAAUCUUCCAAGUCUGCCUAAUCUUUCACAGCUCUCAAAGUCCAAGGAGGAGCGAUCCAACGGCCAGGAGAAUACAUCAGGCUCCAAGAGUGGCCUAAGGCAAAACAUCAAGAGACUUAGGAAGUCCAUAAAGCGUCCGGCCAAGGUAAAGCCCAAGGCUAAGGCCGAUUCAGAUGAAGAAGAGGAGGUGGAGACGGACAAGGACAAGCCCAGUGAUCCGCCUGCCAAAAGCUCAUCCACAAACCUCAGAGCCCGUAUCAGUCGUUUUGCUUCCACAGAACAACUUCAGCAGCGCUGGAGAAAGAGCUUCAAGGGCGGCGGUUCCAAGGUGAACCGAGAGGCAGCUGAUAAGAUAGACCAUGCAGAUCCCGCUCCAGGAGUGGCACCAACAACUGGAGUUCUGGGCGGCCUGCUCCUGGGCUCUCAGUUGGAGAAAACCCUGGCCAAGCUUAACGAGAAGAUGCACCAGCUCAAGUUUUUUCAGCGCUACUCCAAUCGAAACCAAGAGCCGGCGCAGCCAAAACCCAACACGGUGGGCCACGAGCCCGUUGAGAUCGAUGACGACGAGGAACUGGCGGCCACCUACCAUCACAGCGAUAGCGAUGAAGAUGAGGAUGGGGACGGGGACAGCGGCGAGGAUAUAUCCGCUGAGGAGGCCUUCGGCAAGAUCCAAGAAGAAGAAGAUCGCUAUCAGAAUUCACAGGAUAAUUCGAGGCGGGGCUCGUCAUCCCUAUCAGGAGCUGCGCCCGCCCACGCUGCUCGCCAGAUGGCGAAGCUGGCUGAGAUUCAGGCGGCGUCGAAGAGCGGGGCAGCGGCCUGGAGCAGCGAAUCGCUGGAAGAGAUCGCCGACGAGGACUAUCCGCGAGUACUCAUCCACCAGGAGCACUCCGAUGCCUUUGAGUCCACGCUGAUCAUAGCGGUGGCCUCGAAGGGUUCCGUUUCCGUUUCGCCGGGUGUCAGGAGUUCAGGCUCCCAGACCUCUGGUUAUCCGGUCUAUCCAGUUAUCAAGUGCAGUUCCCCUUGCCCUCAAAAUGCUUCUUCUGGAGGCGUCACCCAUCCUGCUUUCAACAGAUCACCCUCUGGCUAUCCAGAGGUUAAGCGUUCAGAUGCCGGAGUUAAGAGCUCUCCAUCGCCUGAGUUCAAGACUCCCGCUGCCAAGACCCCUGAUGCCAGUGCCUGGUUGCCCAAUGAACAAAUCAUCGCUGGGUUCAAGGACCAAAGCAACUCCUCCUGGCCAGCCCCCGCCUUGUAUAAGCCCAAGUCAAUCGAUAUAUUCGAGGCUGGUAGCGGAGGAUCUUCGGCAUUCGCCGACUUCGAUGAGGCCCUGCGAAAUGCUCCGGUUCUGAGGAUCAGUGCCGGCAGCAGCUGCGAUACCAGCGGCGAGGAGGCGGACGACAGCAGCUCCCGGGUAACGAGGAUACGCGUCCAGAGUCCUCAGAUAGGGAACAGCAGGGAGAGCCUUAUGGCCCAGGAGGAGGAGGAUGAAGAGGCGGAUAUGGAAAUGGAAAUGGAAAUGGAGGGGGUUUUGGACCUGGAUCUGGAUCUGGAGAGGGACUCCUCGGAACGGCCACCUUCGGCAUCGCCGCCACCACCACCUUUGCCGCAACGACGUCCGCCGCCACCCAGGAUUCCCGCCACGCCACCAAUUUACGAUGCCGUGCCACCGCCAUUGCCCGUCAGCAAGCCUCCUAUUCCGGACAAGGCCCCAACUACCAGUGCUUGUGUUAAGAGUCCUACUCCCCCAGUUACAAGGGAAAACCCCCCGGUUAGCAAGGAAAAUCCUCCACUUGGCAGGGGCAUCCCGCAAAGGAGCGCCUCAAUGUCGCGACCCGCCAAGCCUCUGGUCAAAACCAGUUCUUUGAGACUCACCUACAACGAACAGGUGCGACCAGGUGACGUUGGCAAGGUCAAUAAGCUGAUCUCACGCUUCGAGGGCGGCAGGCCACGCCUCUGUCCCCGGAGGAUGCACAGCGAGGAGUACGAACGGGGGCGGGAAGAGGACGAAGAGGAGGAGGAUGCGGAGCCAAUGUUGGAACUAAAGAACUUCCAAAACAGAGCUGUUGACUCGGUGACACCCACAAAUCGAGGUGUGAUAAUACCACAAAUCACAGUCAAUAACAACAACGAGAAGGCAAACGAAGAAGGACUUGAGGAGGAUGAGAUUGCCAAGAGCCGGAAAAAGAAAAGGGAAUCCAUGGAACUAGCUUUGGACCGCCAGAACUCGAACUGCAGCCGAUCGGAGUACGGAUCGCCAUUAUCCUUUCCAAGCAGCCGUCGAAGUUCUACGCCCACGAAUCUGAGUUCCAAUCCCAAUCCCCAUCCCAUUCUAAAUCCCAAUGCUAAUCCAAUUCAAAAUCCCGUCCAGAUCCUGCAACAGCAGCGACGCAGCCGCAGAUCGAUGACCCGCGAUGAUGACAACUUUUAUAGCUUCGAUAGUGACGAAGAGAACAGCUACUACUCUAUAAGUCCCUCGGGAAGCAGCCGCUAUGUGGUGGAGAUAUAAUCGAAAAACUAAUAAUAAGUCCAAAAUUCUAGAGUACUUUUAACACAAAUGUUAACACUUGGCCUGCAUGAGUUUUGUAAAUAAGAUGUGAUCUUCUUUCUCCAAACGAUAUUUCUAUCUAAACCCGAUAGUUUGUUCAGGAACCAUCACAACAUAUUAUGAAAUGCAACAACAAUUGAAGCAUAUAUUCGAUUUUACAACAACAAAUGCAUAAUACAAAAGGAAGGUCGCAUCUUAUUUGCAAGUUUGUGUAAUUGAUCGGUAUUAAUAAUUGAAAUACAAAAACAAAUAAAUAAAAAAAAAAACUAUAACUAUUUUAGAAACAACUUCAAAUGUUACAAAUCCAAAAAUAGCAAUAUAAGGAACAUUACAAAGCCAUUUUAAUAAUCAAAUUAUGUGGAAUUUGCAUAUGAAGAUCAAAAUGUAACAAAAAAAACUAUACAACAAAAUCAAUGUUAAAUAAAUGCAAAACACAUUUUCUUUUUUUUUUCUAGCCUAAGCUGUUAUUUAAAAAUAAAGUACAACUAUAUAAAAUAGCGAUAUAAUUAUCGUGUAUAUAAAAAAAACAACUUCUGAUUCAGUCUUUAAUUAGUAAAAAAAAAAAUUAUUUUACGUUCAGUCUAGCGGAGAUCGAGUCCAGCACGAGUUUGUUUCUGGGGGGUUCGGAAGGAAGUUGAUUAAUGGCGCUAAAGUGCAUCGGGGGAUGAAAGGCAGAUAUAGGUGCCAGCUGACACCCUGCCUUGCCUGCCCGAGGCACCACCAUAUAGUAUCUAUGAUAUAUGCGCGGUGGUUGCAGCGAUCCUGCCAAACCGAAACCGAAAAUAUAUACUUCCCCUAUCGUGGAAUCGCUGACUGAGCGCAUUUUAAUUGAUAAUUUAU